GAUCACAAACGCACAAGCUGAACCACACCCCAUACCAGCAAACCAACCAUGACUAUCUCCGACAACAACACCGCCCAGCAGGAGUUUUCGAAGCUGCAAGAUAUGAUGCAGAACGGUGCCAACGAAGCCACGAGCUACCUCGACUCACUCAAGUCCAAGUUUACCGACUACGACAGCUCGCACACAUCGUCGAAGGAGACGGCCUCAUCCUACUUUGAGAGCGCCAUGGACCGGGCCAGGAAAUCCGUGGAUGAUUUUAAGCAAAAAGCAGAAGAAGUGCGCAGACAAGGGAACGACGCGUCGGACGAUGCUGUCGAUGCCGCCAAGCGCUCCAUGGACCAAGCGAACUCAUCACUUAAUGACUUGGGCAGCUCCGCCCGUGACUACGACCAGCGUACGCGUGACAACGUCAGCUCAGGCGUGGAUACCGCCAAGGACAAGGGCUCCAGCACUUUGUCAUCGAUGCAAGACUCCAUCUCAUCGCUCUUGAACUCCACCCGGGAGUCGACAUUUCACGGCUUCGAGUCAUUGCAGGACCAGUUCGGAGCCACCAAGAAGGCGAUGGGAAAGCGAGCGUCCGCCGCAGCCGACGGUAUCUCCAGCAAGGCGUCCGAAGCUUCGAGCAAGCUGAACCCGGAGGAGCCGUCGUUGAUGGAGCGAGCGAAGGGAGCCGUGUCUUCGGGGGCGGAGUAUGUGUCGAGAGCGGUCACCGGCGAUGGCAAAUAGGGCCUCUAAGAGAUCGUAGGUGAGAAGGGCAGAAUAGUGGUCUUCUCUUCGUUCAGACGAGCCUUCGUAACAAGAAUUAGCUGAAACUUUAGCA